AAAAGGAUGUUUCUUUUGUGAGGCAGUUUACAGAAGUCUUCUUUCAGACUACUCCGAAAACAUGAGUCUCUCUGACAAGGACAAGAGCACCGUCAAAGCUUUCUGGGCCAAGGUCACCCCUAAGGCUGAAGAGGUCGGUGCUGAAGCUCUGUUCAGGAUGCUGACUGUUUACCCCCAGACCAAGACCUACUUUUCCCACUGGAGUGACAUUAGCAAAGGAUCUGCUCAAGUGAAGAACCACGGAAAGACAGUUAUGGGUGGCGUGGAAGAAGCUGUCAACAAAAUCGAUGACCUGACCAAUGGUCUGCUGAGCCUGAGCGAGCUGCAUGCUUUCCAGCUCCGUGUUGACCCGACCAACUUCAAGAUCCUUGCCCACAACUUGCUGGUUGUUUUGGCCAGCAUGUUCCCCGCUGACUUCACCCCUGAGGUACACAUGUGUUUGGACAAGUUUCUCGCUGCCGUUGCCCUGGCUCUCUCUGAGAAGUACCGAUAAGAAGCUCUGCAGGCAACAGAUGGACACCAACACGCAUCUGUCUUUCUUAGAUCUAGUCAAUGAUCCAAUGUUCCUUGAUUGAUCUAAAUAAAAGCCAAUAAUUUUGGCCUUGGAAACAAAA